AUGAAACCAAAAGGGCAACAUGCAGCGGAACCUGAGGCCCUUCAGAGCAUGAACCUCCUGGAGUUGCGGCAUAUUAGAGAUUUGCUUUCGGACAUCACCAAGCUAGAGUGCAAGCAGAUCUCUAUCUUGAAAUCUAACACUGACCCUGUCGACGAGACUGUGCUGCAAUUGGAAAACGUCAGAACCAGAAUACGAGAACUGGAACAGAGUUUGGCUCAAAAGGAGACCUGCAUCAAAGAGCAGCAAUUGCGUGCUGCAGAAGCAAACUUCGAAGCAGAAGCGGCAACUGUGGAAGGAAAGAUGCUGGACAAAUUGAAGCUCAAAUUCCUCAAAGGACAGGCCAGGAUUGAACAAGAGCACAAAGAAAGUUUGCGCAAGCAAAUCAUUCGGCUGAGUCGAAGACAGUUGUGUCUGAAACUCGCCGAAACGCAGUUCCUCUUUACGCGACCUGAGAUGUUCCCAAAGUACGCAAAAGAGAGACUGCGAUUGGAAAGAAUGGAACUGCUCAAAUUGGAGCAUCUCUUGAUGAAGUACAAGAAUGUGAAUUUUGAGGAAGCUCGCAGCCUGACCCAGGACUUAAGCGAAACGGAACCAGCAGAAAAAGAAAUGGACGACGUGUCUGAGGAAACUGAAUAUUUGGCGAGCAACAUACGGGACUUGAAGAAAAAACUGAAGAAACGAGCCAAGGAAAGCGAAGAGAGGGACGUUGACCUUUUUGAAAUUGACUCGGUGAACGAUGACAAUAUUAUACUGCAAGAGAUGGAGCUGGACUCGGAGGAGUUGCAGCAGAGAAUGCAGAAAAUGAUUGAAAUUGAUUUCGAGCAGGCUGAAAUUUUGGAAAAAUUGAAGCUGAUGCUGCAAACUCUUAGUGACAAGGGCUCCCCAGCUCUCGCCACACGCAUGGAGCUAUGCAAAAGAGAACUGGCCGAUUUGGAGCGGGAGCUGGGCAGGGGCACAGAGAGACUGGCCGACAUCGAAGAGUGCAAAAUGAGGCUUAUGACGGAAAAGAAUAAGCUGAUGGAUUUGAUCGCCCAGAAGAAGGAGCUGGAAGCAACUGCACAGUCCACUGCAGAUGUUUUGCAGACUUUGCGAUCCGCCAAGAAGGAUCUGCAGCAAGAGUUGCAUUCACUAAGCAACACCGAGAAGGAGAUCUCGGUGCAGACCAAGCAAAAAUCCAGAGAUUUUGAAGUUUUAAGCGCACAAGUCUUGAGUGUGCUGCAAAGAUUGGAAAGCCGAGCUGCCGAGCACAAGCAUCUCCUAAGCGAAGUCCGAAUAUUGGACGAGGAACUCGAGAAAUUGGAGGAGAAAAAGGAUGAGGAACUCGGAGCAGCCCAUAAUGAAUCAUCCAAAAUUUAUCAGAUGCAGGGAGAAUUAGAGAGUUUGGAUUCUACAUGUUAUCAGUUGGUGGCUGCCCGCAAAGAAAGGGCUGCUGAAACUUUACAUCUCCGAAGGACGCUGGACCAAUAG